AUGAGCGUCACACUUCCCCCGCCCACCCACCGCAAGCGCGCUCUGCCACAAGGCGAGCUCGAAGCUGCUUCUACCCUCAGACUAGGCGCCGACCAGCACACACACACCCUCUCGCUUUCUGAGGCAAGACUCGUCAUUCACAAGGUUCUGGAGAACAAACGCCGCGGGGGCAACAAAUACGAAGAGCCGGAGAACUUGACCAAGACGUUGGACUACCUGGAUGUAUUUGCCCGUUUCAAGGAUGAGGAGAACAUCAAGGCCGUUGAGCGGCUGUUGAACUCACACACGGAGCUGGAGAUGUUCGAGCGGUCACAGCUGGGAAGUCUGUGUUGCGACAAUGCCGAGGAAGCCAAGUCCCUCAUUCCGAGUCUCCAGAACAAGAUCUCUGAUGGAGAUUUGCAAGAGCUGCUGGAUGAGCUGACCAAGCUCCGCAACUUCACUGAGUAA